AGGCGCGGACGAGAAAGCCGAGAGAGAGAGUGCGGAGUCGGGAGUAAUGGCAGCCGAGCCCAGCAGCUGAAUGGGGGACACGGAAUUCGAGCAGUUCCGGCGUUACUUCGACCGUCUGCCCCAGUACAUCAAGGCCCCGGCCCACACCUACACACUCGUUCAUGACAUCGCUCUGGAAGAGGCGGUUGGCGGGCCCCCGCCGGGCCCAAUAGUCCACGAUCCGGGGCCCAAGAAGGCGGCCUUCAGCAGCGGCAGCAGCAGCUCGGCCAGCAGCACCGAGGGGGACAGGCCCCAAAACGACCAAGAAUCGAUAAUCAAUGGCGACGAGGACGAAGAGGCGCCCUGGCGUCCCAUGCCCACAGCCUGGCCCACGGUUGUGCACCGACGCAGGCGAAAACUCCCAGAAAUUCCUAAAAAUAAAAAAAAUUCAGGAUUAGUGUUAUCGCUGGCUGACGAGUUGGGCCAAGUGGGCAGCGGGCGUCUGCCGGAGACAGUGCAGCUGUCCCUGCGCAACGGACGCCACGCGGUCGGUGCUUUCCAGCUGCGGGGCUCGACGCACUUUGACAGCUCACCCGAGGGGCACACACAGGACUUCGACUCGGGACACUCGACCACGAACAGCCCUGACGGCACGGCCAGGCCCAUCUCCAUCGCCUCCUCGUCCUGUUGCAGCUGCAGUCUUUCAGAGCAGUCGCUCAUCGUAGGAGGUGCUGAAUACAGAGACGUGACGCGUCUUGUGGCUACGCAUCGCGGACUACACAAAUUCGUUCCCAGGCACAGGGAUGAGAUUGAAAUAGAGAUUGGUGACCCAAUUUACGUUCAAAGAGAAUGUGAUGACUUAUGGUGUGAAGGGGUGAACAUGCGGACACGGAGACAGGGUUCGUUUCCGUCUGCGUACGCAGUGGACCUGGAGUACCGCGAGUUCGACCCUGAGACUGCGGCGGGCGAGGAGGAGGCGCCGGUGGCCGAGCGAAGGGAGCGUUUCCUGCUCGAUUACCUCGGCUCCAUCGAGUGUCUGCAGCCCAAGGGAAACGCGGUGCUGUGCCAAGCCGUAAAGAGGAUCAAUUCGAAUCCGCCGAGCAGCAGGCCGGCCAUUCUUGAAGUCUCUGAUCAGGGCAUCCGCAUGCUCAGCAGGGACAAGAACAAACCUGCUGCCGCAGCAGCCAAAGAAGACAAUAACAAGAAGGAGAACAACAACAGCAGCCUCGACUACUUUUACUCGCUCAAGAACGUGUCGUUCUGCGGUUUCCACCCGCGUGACCAACGCUUCCUUGGCUUCAUCACCAAGCACCCCCAGCGCCAGCGCUUCGCCUGCCACGUUUUCCGUGGGGACGAAUCCAUGCGCCCCGUCGCCGAAACUAUCGGCCGUGCUUUUGAGAGAUACUACCAGAAGUACAUCGAGACGGCGUACCCAACCGAGGACAUUUACAUAGAUGACGAUUAAGCGCUCGCAGUUUUUCAUCUCCAGGGCUAACAACUAAAGUUUUAACCUAUUGGAAGACGAUAAUGUUGUUCAACUCGCUUUUACAUCAUCAGCUGCACAAAAGUAUAUUCUCGCGAGAUCCUAAUCUGGGACUGUUGUGUACAUUGUAAACACUUAAAUAUAUAUAAAAAUACACUCAUGUACAUAUGUAACUUGAGACGUUAAAAUAAACGAAAUGUAACAAUAUCGCCUUCAGAGAGAUGAGGAUUAAUUACGCCUUGAGAAAGA